GCUAUAAUAUUGGUAAAUAUAGUUAAAAAAAAUAAAAUUGGCGCUUUGUCGCUUCUUAAUGAAUUAAUAAAAUGUUUCGUAUUGCGCGACUUCUUCGAAGCUAUGUGUGUGGCAUUAUGUGUUUGCAUAUCGAUCCUUUGUUGUGCUACGUGCGAACUUGCCGAAAGAUCCGAACGUGUCGCAUGAUCAACUGCCAAUAUCCUUCUUAUUAUUAGUAUGAAGAGAUUGCUCAAAACAGUAAGAUCGUAGUUUGGUUUAUAUAAAUUUAAUUCUCGCGAUUCAAAUUAAUGUUAGUAUUAUUAUGUACUAGUACUAUUGUUGUACUAGUACUAUUGUUACAAAGCGUUCUUUGUUAAUAAUUUUCAUAAAUAUAUAGAUACUUUAAACGAAAAUUAGCAUGGCAUUAAGAAAUAUUACAUUAAAUAUCAAAUUAAUAUUUAUCGUGAUAAUAUUUUUCUCUAUUCCUCAAUUUAUAAACAGUGACACUGAAGUUAAUUAUCAUUCGUUGAAUUAUACUAGUUUAGUACCAUUGCAUUAUGGUGUCAAAAUAGAAUUAGACUUCGAAAGAAAUGUUCUUUUCGGUGAAUGCAAUAUAACCAUUAAUAUUACACGUCAAAUGAAAAAUAUAAGUAUACCUUCAAUAAAUUACGCUAUACUUAAAAUUGACAUGAUUAACAGUAAUGAUAGUCAGAUAAUUAACGUGCCCCAAUAUGCAUUUAUCGAUGAAACGCACAUUUAUAUUGAUUUCAUUAACUCGUCAGUAAGUGUUUUAUCUCCUGGAACGUAUAUUUUAAAGUUAAUGUACACCCGCAACAUAUUUGACGACGAAAAUGAUCUCGGAUCUUUUAACGAUGAAAGAGGGGAAAAAGUAUUAAUAGAAACAGGUGUUGAGGUAAUAAGAGCCCAACAAAUAUUUCCGUGUUGGUACGAAUCAGCGUUCGAGACUACCUUCACUGUUUCUAUAAAGCAUCAUAAAACGUACACAGCCCUAUCAAAUAUGUUUAUAAAUAUGACAGAAUAUGAUGAUGAAAAUAACAUGAUGUGGACACAUUUUGACAAGUCGCCUUUUAUGUCCAUUCAACAUUUAACGAUUGUGAUAACCACAUUGACUAAAAUUUCUUCUUUGUAUAAAAAUAUCACAAUUUGGUGCAGAAAAAACAUGAUAAAGCAUGUAUUAUUUGCACUAGACGUUGUCCAAGAAGUCGUGAAAUUUUUACAAUUAAAGUCUUUAACAAAAAUAGAAAAAAUAGAUUACGUUGUAAUUUGGGAUAAACAACACAGUAAUAUUGAGAGAAUGGGACUCAUUUUACACAGGGAAGAAGAUAUUACUUACAGUAAAACAUUAGAUUCCAUUACACACAAAAUUGAAGUGGCUAACUUAUUAACGCGCCAAAUAAUAUCUGUUUGGUACCAUGAUGUGUUAUGGCCGAUAGAAGGUUUCACUACAUAUCUUACAGCGCACAUCUUGGGAAAGAUUCCGUCGCUAUCUUACAUAAAUGAUUUAUUUGUUGUCCAAGUACAACAAGAAUCCUUACGCGUUGACAUUCCAUCGUACACAAACCCUCAACUAUACAAUAUUAAUGAGUUAGAAAUGAAAAUAAGAAAGACUUUUCUUAAUUAUGUCAAACCAUACGUUUUAUUGCAUGUGUUACAACAUGUCAUAAGUGAAGAAUAUUUUUGGGAGAGUAUCAUCGCACAUGCUUAUUUUUUUAUGCGUUUAAAACAGACUGAAGAUUUAUGGCAGUUAAUGCAAUAUACUGUCAAUAAGCGUACUGAAUCACGCCAGUUUAAUGUAACAAAAUAUAUAGAUACUUGGAUGAAGAAUAAUUUAUAUCCUGUACUGUACGUGGAACGAAGUUAUACAAAUGAUACGAUAUUAAUCUCAUAUCUCAGUUCUGAUUAUAUUGUCGAAACCAUGCAACUAGUUCCCGUAUUAGUAACAUUUACCACACAAAAAAAUGGGAAUACAUAUCAGAAAGAUUUUUGGCUAGAAUCAUCAGGCAUAAAAACGGAGCAACUUGGGUUUCAUCAAACUGAUUGCCUCAUAGUCAAUAUAGAACAAAACGGAUAUUAUCGUGUUAAUUAUAAUACUGAGGGCUGGCUUAUACUUGUGCAGUGCUUGAACUCUAAAAAUUAUAUUGUACAUCCUCUCAAUCAGGCCCAAAUCAUAGAUGAUGCGUUUUACUUCCUUAAACAAAAACUACUCAGUUAUACGAUGUUUUGGAAUGUCACAAACUUUCUAUCAGAUAACACGAAUUAUAUAGCAUGGUACCCUAUGAUUAAAGCUUUUGAAUACAUGGCUUGUACCUGUUCAUUUAAUAAUGCAAUACGCCUAAUGCAAAAUAUGAAAAUUAUAUUAAAUGGAGUUCUGCAAGUAAUAGGAUAUACUAAAAUGACGAACGAAAGCACUCUUACUCAUUGUUUAAGAGAGGAAGUCGCAAAAUGGGCAUGUAUUCUCGAUGUUGCAGAAUGCAGAAAAGCAGCCACUUUACAACUAAUAAAAGAUCUUCAAAGUCCUGUACAAGACAAUCGUGUCGCAUGGAAAGAAUGGAAAUAUUGUAGUGGUUUGAUGUCAGCAAACUACACCAUUUGGAACCAUACGUUUCAAAGAUGGGAGACGACAUCUGAUAACAGAAUUUUAGAUUAUUUGACUUGCUGUAAUGAUUUUUCUAUUAUUAUCACUUAUUUGAAUCAAACAAUAGGACUGACUGAUAAAUCUAUUAUCAAAGAACAAGACAUACGUGUUAAUAUAGUUCUUCUUACUGUUGCGAAGCAUAUAAAGAACAAUGUCGUGCUUAACUUUAUAUUAAAAUGUUUAAAAAACAAAGAAUUGAAAUUCAGUAGAAAUAGGGAUGUUGAUUUAAUUGUAACAUUAAUUGUCAUUAUUACGAAUAUACAUGACAUAAACCAAUUACAGGAGGUAACUAAUUUUACGAGAAAUCUGGAAGAAUACCUUUUUAAUGCUGUUAAAAAAAAAAUUGCAAAACGAAUAUUGGAGAACGCAGAACAAAUCAAAAACUGUGGGUCCUUUAUUACGCAAUAAAGUAUAAUAAAGUAUAAUGAAUCCAAAUUCAAUUCGCACGGAAUUGACAGAUAACCAUGAUUUUCUCGUGGCCGUUGUACUAGCCAGUACUGGGCCAAUGCUGAAUGCCAGUAUUGUCAUUUAACGCUGGCAGAACGUUGUUAUUAUUCCGACUUUAUAUCGCCAAUAGUAGCCCGAUAUAAUAGUUAACAUUAAUAUAUUUUAUACUAGUUAAUUAGUUUGUACAAGUUUUCUUUACUGCUGUACACAGUAUUGUGCCAGUGUUGCAAAUCCGGCUUGCAACAUUGGGCUUAAUUCUGUGCUUGUUGUAAGCUUGAAUGCAAAAAUUAAUAAGUCAAACAAUUGAAUUUGUGAAAGGCAAAGCAUAUAGCCAUGUAUAUACCAUAUAAACAAAGCGUAUAGAUAAAAUUAUAGCAAUGUAGAAAUAGAAUAAAUAAAGGAAAUAUAAAUUAUUAUUAUCA